AUGACGGCUGGGAUGUUGCUGUUGUUGCUGCUGCCUCUUCCACACAUGAUGUGCAAGCCAGAUACUAUGAUGUGCAGCAAAAGUGAAACUUUUCACAAUGUAUAUCAAUGGUACAAGCCAGGUGACAUUGUUAUUGGUGGGAUUGCAACUCAUAUUGCAGUCUUGUUUCCGAUGAUUUCCUUCAAAACACACCCGUCUCAGGAGCCGUGGAAUGAUCUAAUUGUGAUGACCAAGUUUUACCAGCACAUCCUGGCCUUGGUAUUUGCCGUCAAUGAGCUCAAUGAAAACCACAAGAUCCUGCCCAAUGUCACACUCGGCUUCCACAUUUAUGACAGUUUUUAUGAUAUUUCCUAUGGUUCAUUUGAGCCUGAAGAGGAUAAAAGAACAGAUUUUCCUUCCUUUUAUCGUAUGGCCUCCAAUCAAGCCUUUCAAUACCAGGGAAUUGUCCAGCUACUUUUCUAUUUUCAAUGGAAAUGGGUCGGAAUCCUGACUUCGAGUGAUGAUGAUGGAGAACAGUUCUCACGCAAUUUGGAGCCAUUGUUCUCCCAGAAUGGAAUCUGUCCUGCUUUCAUAGAAAUACUUACAGACACUUUAGACUUCUCUGAUUUUGAGCAACUUUUCUCUGUCUCAUUGAGUAAAAUUCCAUUUUUCCUGGACAUCAAAGUCAAUGCAUUUGUUCUAGAUGGAGAAGUUUUAUCCAUUAUGUGGGUGGCAGUCCUUCUAAGGGUGACAACAGCAUGGAUUCUUCUAUCUGAUGUUGCAUAUAAGGGAAAGAUAUCUGUAGGGAAAGUGUGGAUUACGACGGCACAGAUUGACUUCAUAUUCACAACAAUACAAAGAAACUGGGAUAUACAGAUGUUCCAUGGUGCACUUUCCUUCAACAUUCAUUCCAAAGAGCUUCCAGGAUUCCAAACAUUUCUUCAGAAGACAAACCCUCAAAGGACAAAGGCUGAUGGGUUCAUCAAAGAUUUCUGGGAGCAAGCAUUUGAGUGCACAUUCCUUCUGAGUUCCAACGAUCCGGAAGAGGGCAAUAAGUUAUGUACUGGGGAGGAGAGGCUAGAGAGUCUUCCUGGGCCAGUGUUUGAAAUGGGCAUGACCGGCCAUAGCUAUAGUAUCUAUAAUGCAGUUUAUUCUUUGGCACAUGCACUGCAUACCUUGUACAUUUCUAGAUUCAAGCACAGAGAAAAUCAGAAUGAAGGCAGGAUUUCUCUUUCUGAUGUGGAUCCCUGGCAGCUCCAUUUAAUUCUUCAGACGAUCUCAUUCAAUAACAGUGCUAGAGAAGAAAUUGUGUUUAAUCAACAUGGAGAAUUAGACCUUGGAUUCGAUAUUACAAACUUGGUCACUUUCCCAAAUAACUCCUUUGUCAGAAUUAAGGUUGGAUGGUUUGAUUCUCACGCUCCUCUAGGUCAAGAGUUGUCCUUUGAUCAGUACAGAAUCAACUGGCACAGAAACUUUAUGAAGGUGCCUCCUCCUUCUGUAUGUAAUGACAAUUGCCUUCCUGGGUACAGCAUGGAAAGAAAGGAGGGAGAAAAAUUUUGCUGUUAUGAUUGUGCUCCUUGCCCAGAAGGGAUGUUCUCAAAUGAGAUAGACAUGGAUAAAUGUAUCACUUGCCCAGAAGGUCACUAUCCAAACAAGGGACAAGAUCAAUGCAUUCCUAAAAUGACAAGCUUUCUAUCCUUCCAAGAAACUUUAGGCAUCAUUUUAACUUUUGGGGCUCUUUUCUUUUCAUUGAUCACAGCUGUGGUGCUUGGUAUCUUCCGUAUGUACCAGGACACUCCCAUAGUCAAAGCCAACAAUCAGAACCUGUCAUAUGUACUCCUAAUUUCAAUCCUAUUUUGCAACCUUUGUUCACUGCUUUUCAUCGGACAGCCGAACAAGGUGACCUGCCUCUUCCGACAAGCAGCUUUUGGUGUCAUCUUCUCAGUGGCUGUUUCUUCUGUUCUGGCCAAAACCAUUCUUGUGGUGCUGGCUUUUGUGGCCUCUAAACCCAGAAACAUUUUCAGAAACUGGAUGGGGAAAGGACUAGCACCUUUGAUUGUCUCUGUGUGUUCUCUUAUUCAAGUCAUCAUCUGUGUGACCUGGGUGGGCACUUCUCCUCCAUUCCCAAAUGUGGACAUGCACUCAAAGACAGAAGAAAUUGUUCUGGAAUGUAACGAUGGCUCAGUCACCAUGUUUUAUUGUGUCCUGGGCUAUAUGGGCCUUUUGGCCUUGGUCAGUUUCACUGUGGCUUUCCUAGCCAGAAAGUUACCAGAUAGUUUCAACGAAGCCAAGUUCAUCACUUUCAGCAUGUUCGUCUUUUGCAGUGUUUGGCUCUCUUUUGUCCCAACCUACCUAAGCACAAGAGGAAAAGAAAUGGUGGCCGUGGAGAUUUUCUCCAUCUUAGCUUCCAGUGUUGCAUUACUGGGGUGCAUCUUUUUGCCAAAAUGCUAUAUAAUUAUUAUGAGGCCUGAUCUGAACACCCCCAGCCGCGUCCGGGAGUACCUCCACUGCGCCAGCCGCGACCGCACCCGCAACAACCUCUACCACAGAGACCACUGA